AUGGCAGACCAGCCAACACAGACAAUCAGCUUUCAAACUACGGAAUCAGACAAGCUUCUUAACCCUCAUCAUGAUGCUUUAGUUAUUUCUAUCUAUAUUGCCAAUUGUUUAACGAAACGGGUGUUGAUCGAUAAUGGCAGCUCUGCCAAUAUCAUGUUUAUUAAUGCUUUCAGGGAGAUGGGUUUGAACGAGUCAAACAUAACUAGGAAGACCGCUGUCCUCAUAGGCUUCAGCGGUGAGAGCAAAACAACCGUAGGGGAGAUCGACCUACCCGUCUAUGCCGAAGGGGUCAAUUUGUCAACAAGAUUCUUGGUGAUUGAUGCCCCCUCCGCGUUCAACGUCAUCCUCGGUCGCCCAUGGAUCCACGACAUGGAGGCAGUCCCUUCCACCUUUCAUCAAGUGCAACUACAGGAAGAUGGUUCAUCCAACCCCAGGACGGACCAAUCACCACAACUAGAGCAACAUGAACGACCAGACCAAUCCCACAAACUAGAAAAUCGAAAGCGGUCUGCCAGCUUUGUUGAAGAAGAAACCGUGGAGAUAGAUGAAGUCCAAAUCAGUACAGACUAUCCGGAUCGCAAAGUCCGGAUAGGGGCACAACUCAAUCCUGAAUUGAGAAAGAAGCUUAUUUCAUUUCUUGCUGAGCAUUAUGAUUGUUUUGCUUGGUCCCAUGAGGACAUGACGGGGAUUGAUCCGAAUAUUAUUGUUCACAGGUUACAGGUAGACCCAGACUAUCCACCAAGGGAACAAAAACGAAGAAAAUUUGCUCCUGAAAGAAACCAGAUCAUCAAUGAAGAAGUCACAAAGCUCUUACGGAACGGACUCGUCCGAGAGGCCCAUUACCCCGAGUGGCUAGCUAACGUGGUGGUAGUCAAGAAAAAGAAUGGAAAGUGGCGAGUGUGUAUCGACUUCACAGACCUCAACAAGGCGUGCCCAAAGGACUCGUUCCCGCUACCACACAUUGAUAUGCUAGUAGAUGCGACAGCCGGCCAUGAGUUGCUGAGUUUCAUGGAUGCAUACUCUGGAUACCAUCAAAUUCGAAUACACCCUGACGACGAGGAGAAAAUGGCAUUCAUGACCAACAUAGGGUUGUGGUGUUACAAGUAUAUGCCAUUCGGACUGAAGAAUGCUGGAGCUACCUACCAACGCCUAGUCAACCGGAUGUUUGCGAAUCUGUUGGGACAAAAGUGGAAGUCUACAUCGACGAUAUGUUGGUCAAGUCCAUCCAUGCAAGGGACCACAUAG